AUGCAAAAGCUGAACUUUCAAGAGGAAGAUCUGAUGAAGAAUCACUCACAUUUUCAAUGUUUUGCAGGUGGAUGUGAAGAUGGCGAAGAUUGUGAACUGUGCAGAUUGGGGAAUGAAUAUAACAAUAAGUAUGAUAAGGCAAAGGGCAAACAAAAGGCAUCGGACAUGAUCAUGAAGGAUCUUGGAGUGCUAGACGAUUAA